AGGAGGAGUGGGGUUGAGAGGGGGUGAACUGUCUCAGCGAAGAAAAAGAAAUGGCGACGCUCGGAGGGUUUAGUGCAGCACAGCACAAGAAAAACGUCUCCGACGGGACCACCGGCGACAUGUCGGAGUUCGUCUGUCCGGUUUGUCUCGAGAUCUUCGACAGUCCCGUGACGACCCAAUGCAGCCACACGUUCUGCCACAGUUGUUUGCAGGAGUGUUUGCGUCCACAGAAGCCCGUCUGCGCCGUGUGCCGGGCCGGCCUGGGCCCCUGGACUAAAGCUGCGGAGCUGGAGCUCAAGAUCCAAUCGUCUGUGGCCGCUUGCAAAGGAUGUGGAACACAGGUCCGUCUUUCUCAGAUGAGAGGCCACACAGCUGCCUGCUCAAAAUUCCAGGAAUACAUCGAGGAGGGAGUGAGGACCACUGCCCAGAGCCAGCCCGCCAUCAUCAGUCCAGUACCAAAUCGCUUCACCUUCACCUGCCCGUACUGCAACUGCCAGAACCUGGACCAGGACGGCCUAGUCGAACACUGCACUUCCCAGCAUGCUCGUGAUGCACGACAAGUGGUGUGUCCCAUCUGUGCCUCGAUGCCUUGGGGGGACCCGAACUACAGGAGUGCAGACUUUUUCCAGCACCUGAAGAUCAGACACACAUUCUCCUACGACACCUUUGUUGAUUACUCCACAGACGAGCACACGAUGAUCCAGGAGGCUCUACAGCGCUCCCUCUUGGACAACUGACAUGCGAAGAACAAUCCGGAAGAGGAGGGAAUCCACCGAAGUGAAGUGAAGUGACG